UACAAGACUACUGGCCAAAUUACUUCGUUUCGCCUAGAGACUUUGCAUGCACUGAAAUUCGCAAUUCUUGGGCCCCGCUCUUCGUCGACAAGAAUCUCGUCCUGCGCACGAGCUUGUCGCAGCCUCACUUCACGGCUGUCAAUCGCCUGAGUUUCACUUUCCACUUCUACCAACUCCCUUGUUCCUGCCAGCAUCAUGGCUGAUAGCGCUGCGGGGUCACUGCCGUAUCACGAGCCUGGUAUUGUUGCCAUCCUUGUCCAAGCCUCCUUCUUACUUCUCCUUAACAUGGUCAAUUCUGCUCUUGACCGCAUCGUGUACUGCGGUUUACUCGGGCAAGUCCUGUUAGGUAUUUGCUGGGGGACUCCCGGUGCGAAAUGGCUCUCAGCCAGUGCUGAAGAGGUCGUCGUUCAAUUGGGAUAUCUGGGUUUGAUGUUGCUUGUGUUCCAAGGUGGCCUAUCUACUUCCUUUGCAUCUCUUAAAGCCAACCUUCUCCUUUCUUCUGGAGUCGCAAUCACCGGCAUCACUGUUCCCAUUGCUCUUUCCUUUUCUCUCCAGUGGCUGGUAGGCGCCACUUCUUUGCAGGCCUUUGCUGCUGGUGCUGCCUUGUGUUCCACCAGUCUUGGAACCACCUUUACAGUGCUGGCGUCUAGCGGGCUCACAUCUUCUAGGCUGGGCAUUGUUCUAACAACUGCCGCAAUGAUAGACGACGUUGUUGGGCUAGUCAUGGUCCAAGUCAUCUCCAAUCUUGGAAGUACCAUCAGUGCCAUCACCAUCAUUCGUCCUAUCCUAGUCUCUCUUGGAUUUGCUGUAGUCGCCCCUUUGGCGUGUCAAUUUCUGAUUCUACCGCUGACGGUGUCUUUGAAUCGCUAUCGCGAAACCCAUUCCUCCGGGAAGAUCGACAGGAUUGUAUGCUUGAGGCACACUGCGUUUGUGAUUCAUACUUUAGUUCUCAUUGCUCUGGCGACUGGUGCUACCUACGCUGGGACUUCGAAUUUGUUCGCUGCAUAUAUUGCAGGAGCUGUCAUUAGUUGGUGGGAUACGGAAGUACCACAUCCCAAAAAUGCUCAGACAAGGCUGGUUGAGGAAAAGACCCAGCCCGAUGCUACCCAAAAAAACAAUCUCCUAACCGAAGAAUCUACAGAUGCUGCUGGAGCUGGGGACAAUGGCCCACAGAACAGGAGUACUACAUUUGGCUCGACUAUUUACCAGGAGUACUACAAGCAGGCGGUCUCCAAGAUUCUGCGGCCCUUCUUUUUCGCAUCCAUUGGGUUCUCAAUUCCGAUUUCCCACAUGUUCAGAAGCUCCAUCAUCUGGCGUGGGAUUGUCUAUACCCUCCUCAUGACGCUCGGAAAGCUUGUCUGUGGACUUUGGCUUGUUCGUUUCUCCGUGGUCCCUGUGCAGGGCACACUCCGCGGCCGGAUGUUAAACGUUGAGCUACCCGAAGUCCCUCAUCUCUGGGGAAAGAGUGCGAAGACCGGGUCGAGCCAUGCAUUCAAGCGAGACCAGCCUCAGACAGUCUCCACGCAUGAAGAGCCUUCAACUCCAAAAAUUACACAAACGGUGCCACGAACUCCUUCUACGCCCAAACCGUUCUCUCUCUAUCCACCCCUCAUCCUUGCCUUGGCGAUGGUAGCACGCGGCGAAAUUGGGUUUCUGAUCUCGGCGAUGGCUGAGUCUAACGGCGCGUUCUCGUCUGGACAUACAAAUUCCAGCUCGGAAUCCGACAUCUUCCUAGUGGUCACCUGGGCCAUCGUCCUUUGCACUAUUAUCGGACCCCUAGGAGUUGGGCUUUCUGUGAAGAGAGUGAAAAAGCUAGAGGAGAGGAAGAGCAAAGGGCAAGAGGGAUCGGGAAGGGAUGUCUUGGGUGUUUGGGGUGUUCGGUAGGAAUGCGGACCGGGGAGGCAGCUCAACGUUCAGGAUACCCGUGCGGCGUUAUUGCUCGCUGCUGUACUAUGGUUCGAAGGAAGCGAGUGGCUUGAAGCUUACUCGUUAGCUGUC